AUGACAGCUCAAACCUCUCCUUCAUUUUCUGCUGAUGAGUUUUGGAUUGCCGACAGUAGUGCAUCUCAUCAUAUGACCAAUAAUGUGACUCAGUUGGCUCAAGUUGCUCCUUAUACCACUGAUGAGAAAAUAACUGUUGGGAAUGGCGAAGGUCUGUGCAUUGCUCAUGUUGGCAAUGCUUAUAUUCCUAGUAUUUCUGGUUCUUUUCCCCUUAAUCAAGUUUAUCACGUGCCUCAGUUGACUGACAAAGCAACGAAGGCUCUGUUGUACAAGGGUCGCAGUAACAAGGGUCUGUAUCCAAUUCCUCAAGCUCUGGGUGAUUUGUCAAUAAGGUCCAGUACCAAGUCUUCACCAAUUGUGACUGAUGGGAUUGCCUCUACUCCAACAGCUUUACUUGGGAAACCAGUAUCUUCAGUUCUCUGGCAUCAGAGAUUUGGUCAUGUGUCCAACGAAGUUCUUACUCAGAUGUUGAAGCAGUCUCAAAUUUCUAGUCGAUUACACUCUGAUGUAUGGGGUCCUUCCUCAUCUGUAGCAUUUGGUGGAUAUAGAUAUUAUGUGUCAAUCAUCGAUGACUAUUUCAUGUCCUUAUGUCAGCAAAAUGGGGUUGCUGAGAGGAAGAAUAGGCAUAUUAUUGAAACCACAAUUACAUUACUUGCUACUGCUGCGUUGAAUGACAAGUUUUGGUACUAUGCGGGAGCUCAUGCUGCCUUUCUCAUAAAUCGUAUGCCUUGUCAGCUUCUUCAAAUGACAUCAACAUACUUCAAAUUGUUUGGUCAUAAUCCUGAGCUUCAAUCAUUAAAGGUUUUUGGAUCUGCAGUAUAUCCACUUCUUCGACCCUAUAAUUCUCACAAGUUGGAGCCACGAUCAGCAAAGCAUGUGUUCCUUAGAUAUUCUCUUGGUUAUAAGGGUGUUAGUUGUUUUCAUCCUAACACUUAUAAAGUGGUUAUUUCAAGACAUGUGAUUCAUGAUGAAACUCAGUUUCCAAUGAAGAACUGUUCAGUAUCUUCAACCCAAUCUUCUUCUGUCAUGACACAGUUGUCUUCUUCAGCUAUAGCAGUUUCAUUGCCUCAUAGAUAUGUUACUACCACAGAGACUGUUCACUCUCUUCUCCCAUGUUCAAAUGAGAAUUCAUCUUCUUCAGUAUCUACAUAUCAGGCUCAAGAGGUCUUAGGUUCUGCUCAGACUAUGCAACCUAUUUGGAUCCUGCUCAAUUACAGGUUUUGCUUCCUCUCUCUGUCACAGAUGCCUCUAGUUCUUCUUCUCAUAUUUCCAUUCCACAACAUGGUCAUUCUAUGCAAACUCGUCUUAAAAGUGGUAUUAGCAAGAAUAAAGAUUUUGGUGAUUUUCAAUGUUUCCACUUGUUUAUCUACAAUUACUGCUCUUGAUGAGCCUCAUACUUUUCGAGAAGCUAGUACAAAGUCUGAGUGGCAGCAGGCUAUGACAGAGGAAAUUCAAGCAUUACAAACUCAAGCUCGUUUAGUUGCACAAGGAUUUAGUCAAGAACAAGGUAUAGAUUUUGAUGAAACCUUUAGUCCUGGACCACGCGCUUGGAAUGCCAAGUUCACUGGAUAUCUUCCAGCUUUGGGCUUUGUUUCUUCACACUCUGAUCCUAGUCUCUUUGCGAAGCAUGAUGGUCGUAAUGUGGUUAUUCUUUUGCUGUAUGUGGAUGACAUUAUCAUCACUGGGUCAAGUUCUACCUUAGUGCAAUCUGUGAUUGAUGAUUUGGGACAGGUGUUUGAUAUGAAAGAUAUUGGCCAGCUUACUUAUUUCUUGGGCUUAGAGGUUUCUUAUCAAUCCAAUGGUGAUUUGUUUGUCAACCAAGCUAAAUAUGCUCAUGAUUUACUUAAGAAAGCUGGCAUGGAAACUUGUAAACCAUCAAUUACACCUUGUAAACCUCAUUGUCAUGUUCUGACCAUUGAUGGUACAUUACCUCCUGAUCCUACAAUGUUUCGCAGCUUGGUUGGAGCUCUUCAAUACCUCACAUUCGCACGCCCAGAUCUGGCAUAUGUUGUGAACACAGUAUGCCAGUUUAUGACUGCUCCUACUGAUAUUCAUAUGACUUUAGUUAAGUGUAUAUUGACAUAUGUGCAAGGCACUUUAUCUUAUGGUUUGACAUUUACAUCUGGUUCUUCUGUUUUGGUUGGCUAUAGUGACGCAGAUUGGGCUGGGGAUCCCAGUACUCGUCGCUCUACUACAGGAUUUGUUCUUCAAGACUUACAUAGUGUUGGUCCUGAAGCUCUAGUCUUACAUAGUGACAAUUUAUCAACAUUGGCCUUAAGUAGUAAUCCAGUUUUGCACUCUCGCAUAAAGCAUUUAGAACUUGAUUUUCACUUUAUCAGAGAACGGGUUCAGCGUCAUGAUUUGGUGGUUCGAUAUGUCAAUACUGAAGACCAAGUUGCCGACAUUUUCACAAAGGGCCUGCAUAGUCCAUUGUUUUUGAAACACUCUCACAAUCUUAGUGUUGGUCCAGCCACCACUGCGAUUGAGGGGGGAUGA